AGCAUCGGUACGGAAUAUAUAGACAAUGUUGAUCACGGGAGGGCGUGUUACAGACAAGGAACCGUUCUGGUCCAUUGUCCUACUGCUGUUCUUCCUCAUAGACAUCCAGAUAGGUGCCGCCAUGCAACGUUUCCUUGUCGAGCCGCAGGAUGUCAACAUCAUCAAGGACCACACUGUCAUCCUUCCGUGCGUCGUAGAGGGCGCUAUAGGCGUCGUUCAGUGGACAAAGGACGAGUUCGGGCUAGGCAAUGACAGAAAGCUGCCCUACUUCCCUCGUUACUCGCUCGUCGGAAACGAAUCCGCCGGCGAGUACAACCUGCAGGUGAUGAACGUAGAACUGGGAGACGACGCCAUCUAUCAGUGCCAAAUAGGAGCUACUCCUUCCAUGCCUGCCGUGCUUUCAAAUAACGCCAAGCUCAACGUGUUAGUUGCGCCCAACAAUCCGGAGAUUGCUGAGGGCUCCAAGAUACAGGUGACGGCGGACGUUCCGUUUAACCUGACGUGCAGGGCGGACGGUGGCAAGCCGGCAGCAACGCUAGCCUGGCACGACCACAGCGGUGCUCCCGCCCGACGUGAGAGAGAUUCACUUAAGAAGAUGAAUGCUGUGCAGUGGAUCAACAUCACGCCAACCCGCGAGUACGCUGGCAAGGCUUUCACGUGUCUGAUGCACCAUCCUGCACUGACUGCACCCCGCAGUGUGCAGGUGCAGAUGGAUGUCCUAUAUGCGCCAGCGCUGCGUAUGACGGUGGUUCCGUACUCGGUGAGGGAGUAUGAUAACGUGGUGGUGCACUGUCAGGCCACCGCCAACCCUAACGGCAUCGAAUAUCGCUGGUAUCGCAACGAGCUGCUCAUUGAAGAGGAGAAAGGUCGCAAGAUGAAGAUAUAUAAUAUCGGCAGAGGCUAUCACAACGACAAGAUACGCUGUGAGGCGAGGAACGUGGUCGGGAUGUCCACCGCGUCACACGUCAUCGAGAUGAUAUAUGGACCAAAGUUCAGGAACCCACCGGCAAGUGUUGCAGUGGACUUGGGCCACGAUGCAACCCUGCACUGUGAGGCAGAUGGAAAUCCACGCCCUGCCAUUAUCUGGCAUAGAAAUGGCUCUGAUUCAGAGAUUCUGAGCAGUGCUCCCACGCUGACGAUACACAAGGCGAGUCAGCACACGGCAGGCAGGUACAUCUGUGUCGCGUCCGUGCCAAACUUUGCAGACAUCAACGCCGAGGUCGUUGUCUACAUCAAAGGUUCACCUGCAAUCACCAGUGAGGGCAUUCAGAAGUUUCCAGAAGGAUCAAAUGCGAGGGUUGAAUGCCGUAUAGAGGGCAUGCCGGUACCAAAACAAGUGGUGUGGUGGCACGGCGGGCGACCCGUCGAUCUCUCUGAUGAUCGCUUCACCACGUUGUCGGACGAACACGCCAACAUCUACAUCAGCCGGCUCAUCGUGUCAAACAUGCGCAGCGAGGAUUUCGGCGCUUACAACUGCUCUGCCGACAACGGCUACGGGAGAGCGGAGAAGAUCAUCAUCGUCGAGAAAACACUGUCGCUACCUAUCGUCAUCGGCAGCAUCAUCGGCGGCCUCAUACUGAUCGUGCUCGUCGCCAUCGCCAUAGUGCUGUGCAACCGCAGACGCCACCCAGACGACGAGGCGGAGUCGACGUACGGCAGCGUGGAGAAGAAUCGCGGACGAUCCAACAUGGUGGCUCUGUCCGACUACAAGCCCGGCUCGCUGCGUAGCAACGGUGCGGGGUGCGGCGCGCGUGACACGUGGCCCAUCGACGGACGAGACAGUCUCUACCGCAUGUCCGGCGCAUCGGGAGACUACGCCGAGCCCGCCGCAUACAUACAGAAGCCUGACAAUCGGAUGAACAACAACGGAUUUCUGCACAUCGACGACUACAUACACGACUACGGCUCCAGCCAGAACUACGUUCGGCAGCCGAGCUAUCGCCUUAGCAACAACAGCCUGCCGACGCAGCCCGGAUACGUGUUCUCAGCGCCACCUGCUGUCGACUACAGAAACUACGGGAACUACGCCGCUGUGCCGAGAGGCGGCGGUUACCUCCCGCCGGAGAACUAUGUUGAUGAGACGCUCAAUCCAAACAGACUGUCGACGAGGGUAUGACCAAGUGCGUGAGGCUACAUCUGUGAGUUAUGCAGGUACGUGUAUAGGCACACAAGUGCGUGAGGCUAUGUCUGCGACCUACGCA